UAGUGGGGUUGUUAGGUACAUUUUACGAAAAGCAAACAUAGUUUUCGAUUAUUCAGUCUUAUAUUUACCGCGUACAAGACAGUACAAGAUUUCUUCAGCUAACGAAAAAUUCAACAAGUCCAAGCUGUUAAACAUGACGAACAACUACAAUGAAUUCGAUAUUCAAGAAAUAAUCAACGAAUCGCCGAUAUUCCCGUCAUCAAUGAUAGAAAGUACGACUAUUCCAUAUAGUCCCAUAACUCCACCGGAAGCUUUUUCCCCUGACAUGUUCCCGUCAUCAAUGAUAGAGAGCAUAAAUGUUCCAUAUAGUGCAAUAACUCCACCGGAAGCUUUUUCCCCUGACAUGUUCCCGUCAUCAAUGAUAGAGAGCAUAAAUGUUCCAUAUAGUGCAAUAACUCCACCGGAAGCUUUUUCACCUGACAUGUCCCCAUCGCCAAGCAUGUUACACAUGCUUCCGUUGAAGACUCCUCGCGAGUUUCACAAUUUGAUUAUCGGGGUUAUUAAACAAUGCGAGAUCAAGUCUUCUUCCUGGGGUGACGAUGAGGACGAAAAUCACGCGCUGAAUAUGGUUAUGGAGCGGUAUGAAAAUACCAUCACCGCCGCUUCCAACGACGACUGGGGGGGUAACGAAGAAGAAAAUGUUAGGUUAAAUAACCUUAUGGAUAUUUAUGGUAUUUAGGAAUUGUAAUAUAAACAUUUUUUUCAUUUAUAUAAUUGACUUAUUAUUUUAACUUAGUAUUUAAAUAUUUCAAACAUUCUGGUUAAAAUAGUAUAUGAAAACGGUUCUCUACGAAUAUAAACCUUGCCAUUUAUUGUUACAAUGGGUAAUGUAUUAUGCGAUCGCCAUAUAAUGCAGGUGUUUUUAGGUCGUCCCAUUAGACGAUGGUCAUUGUCAAGGACACGCACCCUGUUCGCCACGCCUAUUGCGGGUGAGUAUGGCCCCACCCUAUAACA